AUACAUAAAUUUCUAACAGAAUGAGACCACAAUUCAUAUUGUUCGGAGACUCAAUCACACAACAAUCAUUCUCUCAUGGUGGUUGGGGAGCUUCUCUUGCAGACACUUACUCACGUCAAGUUGAUGUGAUUCUCCGUGGGUAUAGUGGAUACAAUUCUAGAUGGGCGCUAUUUUUGCUUCCACACAUUUUCCCUCUUAACACAAGCACAAAGCCUCCUGUUGCUGCUACAAUAUUUUUUGGUGCUAACGAUGCAGCCCUUUUGGGGAGGCUAAAGGAACGACAACAUGUGCCUGUUGAAGAGUACAAAGAGAAUCUUAAGAAAAUUGUUAAUCACUUGAAGGAACGCUCCCCAACCAUGUUAAAAGUGCUUAUAACUCCACCACCAAUCCAUGAGGAAGGACGAAGAGCUUUUUUCAGGGCCUCUGGUGAAAUUCUAGAGCUGCCUGAAAGGACGAACGAGAUGGCAGGAAUUUAUGCAAAGAAUUGUCUUGAGGUAGCCAGAGAGAUGGGUCUACCUUGUAUCGAUCUUUGGUCCAAAAUGCAGGAAGUAGAGGGUUGGCAAACUAAAUUCUUAAGUGAUGGUUUGCACUUGACAGUAGAAGGCAAUGAAGUUGUACACAAGGAAGUCGUUCGAGUUUUUAGUGAAGCAGGGUUCUGCCCUACAGAAAUGCCUUCAGAUUUCCCUCCACAUUUAGAUAUUAAGGAGAACAACCCUGAGGAAGCUUUUGAACAGCAGCAUUGCUAUGCUGCUGCUGCUAUCUAAUUUGUCUGCAAGGAUGUGGUUCAUUGUUUUCGAUUUAAUAUGAUUUUCAGUGACUAUGCUCCUGUAAA